GUUUUAUGAAGCGUCCUGUUAAUUUUUAAAAGGGCGUGUUUGCGUUGAAAUCCGGCUUUUUGUAGUGAAUUUUCCAGUUAAAAUAAGCUUUUUUUGUCGUCAAAGCUGUAUCCUCCAUUCGACUUAAAAAGUUUCAGCUCGAGCUUCAAAAUGCGUGGCAGUAGAGGCUACUCAUCAAGCUACUCGCCCAGAGGAAGCUCUUACAGGGGCUCGUCAAGAGGUAGUCCUUGGAACAGCGGUGGAGGCAGAGGCGGAGGCUAUGGAAAACCCAGGGAAUCCUACUCGUCUUCGUUUGAAACUCCUAGGUUUAGCGGCGGUGACAGGUCUUACAAGGAAGACUAUCCCAAGUCUUAUCGCAAAAUGGAAAGUUACGGUAGAGAGAGACACUCUCCUGAUAGAAAGAGGCCUAGGAACGAGGGUCCGCCGAGGCACGAAUAUGGUCGUGGAUAUGACUCGUACCCCUCAGAACGUAGGGAGUAUUCUGAGCGCGAAAGACACCCCUCGUCGAGCUCCUACCGCGUUUCUAGCGGCGGCAGACGGGAAGAAUUCAGAAAGCCCCCACCAAUCGUGAGGGGCGGCGGCAGGGGCCGAAUCAGUUCCAGAGGAAUAGGAUCGUCACGCGGUGGCUUUAGCGUGAGGAGAGAAAGAGGCGGUGGAAGUCUUGUCAGAAGACGAUUGGCAGACAGAUCUUAUAUCAUCAAAAAACGCGGAUUGAUUAGAUCAGGAGAGUUUUCCAGGAGAUCUAGAGGCUCUAGAAUCAGGAGCAGUAUCGGUAGACGCAGGAUCCAAGAAUUGCUCAGCGACAGCGAAAAAGAAUCAAGCGAAGAAGAGGUAAAGAAAAUUAAAACCGAAAAGGCGGAUGAAAGCGAAACUGCAGAAGGAGAAGAUGCCCCAGCCGCAGAAGAAGGCGAAAAGAAGGCCGACGAUGAAGCUGAAGCUGAGAAAAAGGAGAAAAAGGAAAAGAAAGAGUCAACUGCAAAAUCUCCUGGCAGAGUUUUUAUCAAACUCGCUUGCCCUCAGUGCAACAUUAAAGCUCCAACUUUCAGAAGCUACGAGAUCCAUCUAAGAGGCAGGACUCAUUUGAUUAACAUGCGCAAACUAGCUAGCAAGCAACGACUAAUAAUCAAUCAAAUGCGUCAAUCUCAACGUAGCGCUCAAAACGAGCUAGAAAAAUCUGGAGAUGGCAUCACAGUGCACACUGUCUAUUGUCCCGUAUGCAAAUUGAACUACAAGCAAGAGCGCGCUGUGCAUCAAGCCACCUCCGCUCACGUUAACAUGAAGGCUUUCCUGAUGCCCAAAUGCAAAGUGUGCAAGAUUUCAUUCAAAAGCCCAAUGGUUUAUGAGCAUCAUUUGUGCAGCAUCGAGCAUUUGAAGGUGAAGCAAAAGAGCGAUGCCCCUGUUGCUGAAGUGGAAGAAGAUUUGAACGAAUUCACUACAAUCGAUUCGGUUGGCGAUGAAAAAGCCGCCGAAGAAGCUGAAAAGGAGGCCAAGAAAAAGACAAAAGUCAACAUUGGGGCUGAAAAAAUUAUGAAAAUUGAAGCGCAUUAUUGCGACAUGUGCCGCAUGUUUUUGCCUAUUGGAACUGAAAAUGAGUAUCCGGAUAUUUUGGCUAGCCAUUGCAGGAAACACUUCCAUGUGUCGCGUUAUAUGAGAUACAAGGAGAGUGAAGAGAUUAAAGCUAAAGCUGAGAAGUUGCGCCUCAAAGAACUUGCUGAAAAGGAAGCUAAAAAAGAAGAUGAUGGUGAAAAAGCAUCAGAUGAGCCUGCUGGUGACGUUGAAAUGGCUGAUGCAGAUGUUUCCAAGUCUGCAGAGGAUGAUAAGCUUUGGGAUGCCGUAGACAAGGAUCUCGGUGAGCUGUUGGAAGAGGAGACCAGGGAUGAUGAAGAUGAUGAGGAAGGUGUUAAUGGAGAACGAUAUGACAGAUUCAAGAGUGCAGAUGCAGGUAAAGAUGCAGACCCAUUGAAAGCUGAAAAGAAGGGCCAAGAAGUCCCUGAAGCUAAAAAAUAAAUAUUUAAUCGUUGGCGCUUCAGCCUUUUAGUUAGUAGUUUUAUCUGUCGGAAACAUGUGUUAGAUUUAGAUGUGUGCAAUUGAUUUUUGAGAAUUCGUUGUUUGUGUUUUGUAUACAUCAUAAUCUGACUAUUUGAUAUAUUGUAUUCAUUUACGUAAAGGUGUCGUGUAAGUAGAUUUAAUUGUAGUUUAACUUUCAGUUUAAUUGUAAUUUUAUGUUUAGUGAAAUAAACAUGCGGAAAGCUUAA